GGUGGUCUUUGAGGACCACGCCGGCCCGGGCCGGAGGGCGGCUGAGCGAGGGGUUCUGGAGGCUGCCGGAGCGGAUUGUUUACAGACGCCGCAGGUCGUGGGUGGCUCCCGUGACCCCACGUACCCUGACUAACCCGCCAGGCACCGGUCCACAGGGGAGCCCCGUAGAUGCCCAUCAUUUUGCGUUCUUUGGCAUACUGAGAAUGCCCUGUGCAGACCCGUGAUUAGGACUUGUUUCUUUACGAGGGAAGUCGUUUUUCCGUAGACAGGCGGACUGUCUCUUUUUAAAAAAAUAUUUUUUAUUUAUUUGCAAGCAGAGAGAGAGAAUGGACGUGCCAGGGUCUCCAACUACUGCAAACAAACUCCAGAUGCAUGCGCCACUUUGUGCAUUUGGCUUUACUGGGGAAUCGAACCCUGGUCGUUAGGCUUUGCAGGCAAGCGCCUUAACCGCAGAGCCAUCUCUCCAGCCCAGGAGGACCGUCUUAACCGACAUUUUCCAGGCAUGAGGCGCACGCUUUUAGAUGGCGAGCCUUCUGGCCACUGGACAGCCAAAAAGAAAGAGCUGUCUGGCCUUUAGCCCAUCAUCCUUGGUUAAAGAAAUGACCAACCAGUACAGUAUUCUCUUCAAGCAAGAACAAGCCCAUGAUGAUGCCAUUUGGUCAGUUGCCUGGGGGUCAUACAAGAAGGAAAACGCUGAAACAGUGGUCACAGGAUCCUUGGAUGACCUGGUGAAGGUCUGGAGAUGGCGUGAUGAGAGGCUGGACCUACAGUGGAGCCUGGAAGGACAUCAGCUGGGAGUGGUGUCUGUGGACAUCAGCCACACCCUGCCCAUUGCUGCAUCCAGCUCUCUCGAUGCUCACAUUCGGCUCUGGGACUUGGAAAAUGGCAAGCAAAUAAAGUCUAUAGAUGCAGGACCUGUGGAUGCCUGGACUUUGGCCUUUUCUCCUGAUUCCCAGUAUCUGGCCACAGGAACACAUGUGGGGAAAGUGAACAUUUUUGGUGUGGAAAGUGGGAAAAAAGAAUAUUCUUUGGACACGAGAGGAAAAUUCAUUCUCAGUAUUGCAUAUAGUCCUGAUGGGAAAUACCUGGCCAGCGGAGCCAUAGAUGGAAUCAUCAAUAUUUUUGAUAUUGCAACUGGAAAACUUCUGCAUACGCUUGAAGGCCAUGCUAUGCCCAUCCGCUCCUUGACCUUCUCCCCGGACUCCCAGCUUCUCGUCACGGCUUCAGAUGAUGGCUACAUCAAGAUCUACGACGUACAACAUGCCAACCUGGCUGGCACACUGAGCGGCCAUGCUUCCUGGGUGCUGAAUGUUGCAUUUUGUCCUGAUGACACUCACUUUGUCUCCAGUUCAUCUGACAAAAGUGUAAAAGUUUGGGAUGUUGGGACGAGGACUUGUGUGCACACCUUCUUUGAUCACCAGGAUCAGGUUUGGGGAGUAAAAUAUAAUGGAAAUGGCUCAAAAAUCGUGUCUGUUGGAGAUGACCAGGAAAUUCACAUCUACGAUUGCCCAGUUUAAGCAUCAGUGUCUUCAGGGCUAGUGCCUCAGAGAACAUACAGGUUGUUCACGACAUUCCUCACCUUUUCAGACACAUUUGAAAGAAAUACAGCAUAUGUUGUAGCCAAGGCUUACAUUUUGUAGAUAGCGAGUAUAAAACUUUUCCUGUUUUAUUGGAAAUGCUGUUCAUACUUGAAUGUAAAUAAAGCCUUCUUAAUGCA